AUGAAGAUGCUGAUGGCAGCGCUGGUCCUGACGGCAGCAGCAGUCCAGGCCAAGAGGAAGGACAAGGUACUGUCGGGCGGGCCCUGCGAGCGGAUGUCGCACCCCUACCAGGCCGCCCUCUACAACGCCGGCCGCCUGCUCUGCGGCGGGGUCCUCGUCCACCCGUCCUGGGUGCUCACCGCCGCUCACUGCCAGAAACCGAACCUGCAGGUCUACCUGGGGAAGCACAACAUUUACGAGCGAGAGAGCUUCCAGGAGCAGAGCUCGGUGGUCCAGACCGUGGUCCACCCCGGCUUCAACGCCGGCACACACGACCAGGACAUCAUGCUGCUACGCCUGAAGCGCCCAGCCAACCUCUCGGACCGCAUCUGGCCCCUGGACCUGGAGAGGGACUGCUCGGCCAACCGCACCAGCUGCCAGAUCCUGGGCUGGGGCAAGACCGCCAGUGGUGUGUUUCCUAACACCAUCCAGUGUGCAGAUGUCCACCUGGUACCUCGUGAGGACUGUGAGAAGGCCUACCCCGGCCAGAUCACCGAGAACAUGGUGUGUGCCGGGGACGAGAAGUACGGGAAGGAUUCCUGCCAGGGCGAUUCCGGGGGCCCCCUGGUGUGUGGAGGCCGUCUCCGAGGCCUGGUAUCCUGGGGUAACGUCCCUUGCGGAUCCAAGGAGAAGCCGGGGGUCUACACCAACGUCUGCAGAUAUAACCAGUGGGUCCGGAGAACCAUUUGGGCCAACGCCUUCUGA